UCAAAAUUUCAUAUAUGCCCCCCAAAAUCUGAAAAAUCAAAUAAAAACAAGGCUGCAUUGGCUGUCAGGCUGUCAGCUGACAAACAAGAGCAGACGAGUCCUCCGCUUUCUCUCUCUAGAAAAAAAAAAAAAAACAAAAACAAAAACCAUUAAACAAAGCAACCGUUCUACUCACUUUCUCUCUCUAGAAAUUCCAUUUCUUCAACCCCCGGACUUUCCUUCAUUCUUUUGUGCCUGAAAAUAUAUUUUUCUUCAAUUUUGUUUCUUCCCUCACAAGUUUUUUCCUUUAUUCUCUGCCCGUCGUCUCAGAUCUCUCAGACAAGCUCUGAGACUGGUCCUUUGGGUGCUCGAAUCUCUCCCUCUUUCUCUCCGCCAUGGCUGGCCGCUACGACAGUAACCCAUUUGCCGAAGAAGACGAAGUCAAUCCCUUCUCGAAUCCUGGAAGCGUUGCUCCUGCCAAAAACUCAAGACUUUCACCUCUUCCUCCUGAACGUGCUGGUUUCAACUACGGCCUUGGUGACACUGUUGAUAUACCUAUUGACGGAAAUGCAGAUUUGAAAAAGAGGGAGAGGGAACUCCAAGCUAAAGAAGCUGAAUUGAGAAAGCGGGAGGAGAUUGUAAAACGGAAAGAAGCUGCCGCCGCACGUGCUGGAAUUGUUCUGGAGGAUAAAAAUUGGCCACCUUUCUUCCCAAUUAUCCAUCAUGAUAUUGCAAAUGAAAUACCAAUUCAUUUACAGAGGCUGCAGUAUGUUGCAUUCACAACAUGGUUAGGAAUUAUUCUUUGCCUUUUCUGGAAUAUAAUAGCCGUUACUACAGCAUGGAUUAAGGGGGAUGGGGUAAAAAUUUGGUUCCUUGCUAUUAUCUACUUCAUAGCAGGGGCUCCUGGAUCCUAUGUCCUGUGGUACCGUCCACUGUACCGAACUUUCAGGUCUGAGAGUGCUUUGAAGUAUGGAUGGUUUUUCAUGUUUUAUAUGCUCCACAUUGGCUUCUGCAUCUUUGCUGCGGUGGCUCCUCCGAUAUUCUUCAAUGGGAAAUCUCUCACUGGCAUUCUGGCUGCAAUUGAUGUUUUGAGCGACCAUGCUUUGGUUGGGAUCUUUUACUUCAUCGGAUUUGGAAUGUUCUGUCUAGAAGCAGUGCUUAGCGUCUGGGUUAUUCAGCAAGUAUACAUGUACUUCCGAGGAAGCGGUAAAGCUGCUGAAAUGAGGCGCGAAGGAGCAAGAGGAGUCGUGAGGGCAGCACUCUGAAGCUAAAAUCUUGUACGGAGAAGAAAAGAUGGCGGACUUCUGUAUGUGAUAUAGGUUGUAAAUGGCCCUUUAGUUGCAGGAUUUGCAGGUACAGAUGGUUUCGCUUGAGCCUUAAUUUUUUUGUUUGUUCCGAAUUACGCCUGUUUCAUAGAUGACUUUGAGGUGCUACCUCCGUUUCUGAAAACUGUUAAUUCCAUCAUAUUUUUUUGCUAGAAACAUCACUGGCUUGCUAGAAACAUCUUGUUUUCUUCAUGUUUUCUGUUUCUGAAAACUGUUAAUUCCAUCAUAUUUUUUUGCCCAA